GUUAGAACAGCAAAACCUCAACUGAAGCCAGGCAAACACACUCACAUCUCUCAGUGGCUUUGAGCAUCUAGGUCUGGCAAGAUAAGACCCCUCCUCCCUUCCUCUCUGCAAAAAGUGAGCAAACUAGCACAGAGAAUCUUAAAGAAGACUUGAUCUCAGCUGUGAAACGUUUCAGAAGAUCCAGUAAUGGCCUGGGUCAGCAGUAAUAUCUCCUGGUUUAAUCACUUUGCUCUACAUGAAGAACAUUUUAGGAGGUACUUAAACAGCACUGAGGAUUACUUAGCCUUCCUAUGUGGGCCCAGACGGAGCCAUCUGUUCUUGCCUAUGGCUUUAGUGUACACCCUGAUCUUUGUUGUUGGGGUGGUAGGUAACUUCUUAGUCUGCCUGGUAAUCCUCAAGCACCGGAACAUGAAGACCCCGACCAAUUACUAUCUCUUCAGUCUUGCUGUCUCAGACCUCCUCGUGCUGCUUUUUGGGAUGCCACUGGAAGUCUACGAGAUGUGGAGCAACUACCCCUUCUUGUUUGGGCCCGUUGGCUGCUAUCUGAAGACAGCACUCUUUGAGACGGUGUGUUUUGCCUCCAUCCUCAGCGUGACCACGGUCAGCGUGGAGAGAUACAUUGCCAUCCUCCAUCCUUUCCGUGCCAAGCUGGAGAGGACUCGCAGGCGUGCCCUGAGGACCAUCGUGGUGCUCUGGGUCUUCUCUGUCCUUUUCGCCCUCCCCAACACGGGCACCCAUGGCAUCAUGCUGCAGUAUUUCCCCAAUGGCACCUUGGUCCCUGGCUCUGCUAUCUGCACUGUAGUCAUGCCCAUGUGGAUCUACAACUGUAUUGUCCAGAUUACUUCUUUUCUCUUCUAUGUGCUGCCCAUGGGGGUAAUAAGUGUGCUGUACUAUCUGAUGGGGCUAAGAUUGAGAGGAGACAGAUCUUUGGAAGUGGAGGAAAUGGCUGUGAAUGUUCAGAGACCAUCCAGGAAAUCAGUUACCAAGAUGUUGUUUGUCCUCGUGAUGGUUUUUGCUGUCUGCUGGGCUCCAUUCCAUAUAGAUCGACUUUUCUUCAGCUUUGUUGUGGAAUGGACUGAGCCCUUGGCUAAUAUAUUCAACCUGAUUCAUGUGGUGUCAGGUGUUUUAUUCUAUCUGAGCUCUGCCGUGAACCCUAUAAUUUACAAUCUGUUGUCCCAGCGCUUCAGGAUGGCUUUCCUCAGUGUUAUCUCUCCUUGCUGCAAGCACUGGGCCCCUAACCAUCCCACCAGCAGGAUUCCUGCCCAGCAAAGCAUCUUCGUGGUUGAGGACCACAACCUUGUGGACUCUGCUGAAGACACAAGUCUCCCUGGCACCCACAGGACAUCUGUCAGCAGUUCUCAGCUCUCCACUGGUCUGUGACUUUCCAUGUUGUAAUCCAGGUGAGAAAAAAGCUAAAGAAAAGCUAAAGAAACAAAAAGAGAAAAGACCCUCCUAAAGGGUGGGUCAGUGAUUUCGGCAAGAAGAGCUCACAGACAUGUCUUUUUGAAUGAAUGAAGGAUGAGACAGUAAUUAGCAGGUGGUUGAAAAGUAUUGUUUUACUCUCAAAUUAAUAGGAGGGCUGGAAAUCUCAGCUUACUGGCUGCAAGCUAUACCAGCAAAGAGCUGCUUUACAAAAAUGAGACCCACUCCCAGUAUUACCAGCACAGGAGAGAGA